AUGGUCCAAUUCGAAAUUCCUGAAGUCUCUACCUUAAAAUCUUACACUGAGGAGGAAGUGGCCGACAUGGCCAGCCCCGAACGCAUUCUUGUUAUCAUCUACGAUCUCGUCUACGAUCUUACCAAAUUUGUUGACGUACACCCCGGUGGUGCUGAAAUUAUUUAUGAAAUGGUAAGGGAUUGUUCUUUAAUGUUGUUAGGAAUGUUUUGAAGUUACUUUUACUAGUAUUACAGUUUAAAUUGACUAGUAAUUGAACGUUUUUUAACAUUUUUUACAAAUAGCGGGAACUUUGACUUGUUUUUCUUGAAAAGCUAGUUACAGUGUCUUUUAUAGUACAAUUUACCUAAAAUUUUGUGAAAACAUAGUCGAGACAAUACACUAGCUAAUUUCCAAAACAAUUUUAUAAAAUUAUUGAACGAAAUUUAAUUAUUGAUUAUUUUCAGAACGGUCUUGAUGCCACUUCGGUCUUUGAAGAUGUGGGCCACUCCAAACUGGCUCGCACCAUCCUUCUGCGCUACGUUGUUGGUCGUGUUGCUCGCAACAACAUGGACAAAAAGCUCGAACAAUACUCGGGUUUGGCUACUAUGCAGAACAUUAGAUUCUGA